CACGUUCAGUCGAUUGUGCAAAGAAAACAAGGAGGGCCAUCUGUAUUACCGAUUGACAAGAUGUCUGAUCUACACAAAGCAUUCUUGAAAAGAGUGAAGCAUCAGGAAAAGUCGCUAGGUUUAUCUCCUUUAUUGGAAGAUUCAAUUGAGUCUCCAACAAGUUUGAAUCGCGUGGACUCUGACAGUCAACUGGUUACGAACAGCUCAGAAGACGACGUCAAAUCGAAAGAUGAGAUAUUAAUGGAUGCUUAUCAUCAGGCGAUCCGUCUGACCUUUCCGAUUAUUGAAACGUACGAAUGUUCGAAUCUUGGGAUUUCCUUCCAGACAUACUACAGACCACCAAGCAAUUCAAAGGCUCCUAUAUUUGUUUGUCAUCACGGUGCUGGUUCAUCCUCGAUGACCUUUUGCAAACUUGCACCGAGCCUAACCGAAACCUAUGAUGUUGGUAAGAAUGGGGAAUCACCAGGAUUAUUCGUAUUUGAUAUGAGGGGCCAUGGUAAUUCUACCAUGCCAAAAAUUGUCGAUUUCUCUUUAGGAUCACUAACAAAAGAUUUUGAAUUCAUAUUGAAAAAGUUUCUUUCGAGUCACAAUCCUAAGAACUCUAUAUAUUUGAUAGGUCACUCGCUUGGUGGCUCAAUUUUAACUAAUUACAUCAUUGAAAAUCCAGAAUGUGAAUAUAAUUUUAAAGGAUUGGUUAUGAUAGAUAUUGUGGAGGAAACUGCAGUUAAGUCAUUGAUUGCAAUGCCUCAGUAUAUUAAAAACCAACCAAAGUCGUUUCCAAAUUAUCAAAGGGCCAUUGAUUGGCAUGUUAAACACGUAAGAUUAAUUAAUAACAUUGAGUCAGCUAAGAUAAGUGUUCCCGAUUUGUUGAUGAAAACACAGAGAGGCAUAGUGUGGAAAACCAACUUGGAACAAACUCAGCCAUUCUGGGAAUCAUGGUUCACAGGGUUAUCAGAGAACUUCGUCAAAUGUAAUACCAAAAAUAAGGUUGCAAAAUUGCUAAUCUUAUCAGGACAUGAAACUUUAGAUACUAAUCUAAUCAUAGGUCAAAUGCAAGGAAAAUACCAGUUGAUAGUAUUCAAUAAUAGUGCUCACACAGGGCAUUUUGUUCAAGAAGAUAUACCCAAGCAGCUUUCGAUUAGUCUUAUAGACUUUGCAAAAAGAAAUGAUUCGCCUGCAGAAUACAUGAAGCAAGAACUUGGAUUUAUUCCAAAAUGGGGUGGGAAAAUUAAUAAAUAAUAAUUAUGUAUAUUCUAGAUACAAAAGUAUAUAUAGAAUGGGUCAUUUAAUCAACACUAAUAUUACUUUCUUUAAUUUCUU